AUGUCUUUGAGCGAAGCCAGAUCGUCUGGUGAAAGCUUGCAGAGGCGUAGACGCAGCCCGUCCGGGACAGAGGCAAUCGACCGGUCCCGCAACUCGAUUCACGGGCUGAACAGCAUCCUCAACGAGUUUGAGGAGCUCUGGCAGAAAAGUAACUUACACGCGAGGUCUCAGUCGGACGUUCUGCCCGCAACCGACGCGCACCCGCACGAGGCAGACCGCAGAACGUUUUCCGCACCCCUAAAUUACAGCUACAAAAACUACUCGAGCAGCGACUGCUUCGAAACAGCAAACGAAGGCGAGGUACCGUACGUGGCGUCCCCCAUGCAGUCGAGUGACGAAAAUCUAGUGCUGGCUUCGAGCGAGCCCCAGCGAGACCUCCGCAAGCUGUCCUGGUCAGACCACACUGAAGAGGGCGAGGUCCGGCGGCACAUGCCCCGGCUCCGAGACAACCGUGUCUCACUGCACAGCCAUAGAGCAUCUGUCCACGGUGGUUCAAUUGAUCUCAACGAACACACGCCACUCAGAACUCCAUCUAAAGUGCCCAAAGAGCCACCGCCAGCAGUUCCUUCAGUGACCCCUCUAUCGAGCCGGAUCAAGAAAGUAGCACUCCCGGACGACGAUAAAAUGACCAUGCCCACGACGACGACGACGACGACGACUCCCACUCCCACUCCGCAGCGCCGAAAACCAAGCGGCCCAAGGCCAGCCCCCACUCAGGAACGGCCUCCCUUAAUUGAUCUGGAUCAGGGGCAGGUACCCGAGCCACCUCGCAGAUCGUCCAAACGCAAAAUCAAACGCCGAAACUUCCGCCAAAGCAGUAUUGAGAACCUGCUGGAAACCAAGCCAGACUACACGCUCGACGAAUUCAAACUUCCAGCUGCAGAGCGUCAGCUUUUAAAUCGCUUUGUGGAUACCCUGAGCAAAAUCACGGCUCAAUAA